AAUACUUAUCGCUUGUAGUUUUUCACUCUCAAAUUCCCCAGUGUUAACAGCAAUUUCAGUUUGCCAUGGCGAAACUGUCAACGAGAUAUUCCCACAAUGGCUGAGGCUGUCAUAUAAAGGAGGAAGUUAUCAACCUUACGAUCUCAAUAUGCCGGCAGUCAUUCCAAAACGACCCAUGGAACACUUCCGUUUCGAUCCUCCACUUACUGAACAUGGCUAUCUUACCGCUGAAUUUGUGGGCAAAGCAUUCAAAAUGGCUGGUUACUCUCCUAAGAUAGUGAGUAUUUACUCUUCACCCGAAUUGAGAUGUGUGCAGACCUCAGCUGCCAUUGCACGUGCAUGUGGGAAUACUUCACCCAUAUGCCUGGAACCUGCUCUCGCUGAUUGGGUUCAAUUGUCGCCACCAUCAACUCCUCAACAUUGGCUGACACCUGAUAGGUACAAGAAUCUUGAUGUCCCUGUCAAUACGGACUACAAACCUCACCUUUCUGAGCUUCCGAAAAAAGAGUCUCCUGACGACUACUGGAAACGAUUGGAAGAUUUCUUCCGAACCAUUUAUCGACCAGCUGACAAGUGCGUUUGGCGUUGA